AGCGGCUCCCGCUGACCCAGAGGGCCGCGCUGAACACUCUGCCGCACAUCGAGGCCGUCAGCGCCGAGGGCAAGGACUUGCUGGCGGUCGCCAUGUAUUGCCACCCGUCCGCCUGCGUCGAUACCAUCAUCGAGGCCAUCGACGUGAUGCUGCCUGCGCACCCUCUGCCCCGCACCACCAUCCUGGCGGGGGACUUCAACAAGGACAUGCAGCAGCCGGCUGGACGGCGCAUUGCCCACACCCUGGCGGCACGCUCACUAACAUCUACGAGCGACCUGAGAGCACACACCACCUACGGCGCGGGGUCUACGAUUGACGCCGUGUUCUCUAAUGCAGCCGCCAUGACUGUGGGCGCAUACCAGGCGUACUUCAGCCACCACCUGCCUCUUGUCAUCGAUGUGCCCAAGUAAUUCUCCUGCAUCAAGACCGCCCUACCCACCGCAGUCUCCGAAAAAACUAGACAGUAUUGUAAAAAAAUUAAAUUUGAUAUAUAUUGUACAAAUUAAAAUAAGUGCUAUAUGAUACUAUCCUGACCCUG